AUGCCGUCGGAACGGGCCUCAUUUGUGCCGAGGGAACGAAGGAGACCAAUGGUCCCGGAACCUUUCCCGAGCAUAUCGGUUUCGAGACAGUCAGUCAGCUUUCUCUUGGAGCCGAUGGCACGGAGAUGGUGUAAAUUUUGCCCGAUCCUUGACAUUCCGCUGUACAGAGAUCAACUGAACGAGGCAAAACAACAAGAGCUGGACAAGAGUGCAAGCGCCUUGUCUCUGCGAGCAAUUGGAAAUACUCUAUACAAAGCAUCUGAAUUCUGCUGGGAAGUAGAUGCCUGGCGGUUUGUAUUCAAUUCUAUUUCGGAUGAUAAGAGGCUUCGAAUUGAUAAGAGACCUUAUGAAUUUAUCGUUAAGGAUGAGCAUGAUAACGUGUCUGUCGAACAGCGAAUACCAGACGCAACGAUGGGGCUCAGAUCAUACGAUGAUUUUGACAUUACCCACGGCUUCAACUGCCACGUCACCGAUUGUACUGAAGACCACAGUGGCAUGCAGCCAGACCGCACACUCUUACAGGAUCGUCUCGUUGCGCAAAUGAUUAAUCAUGAAGGCGGGCUGAUAGUCGACGGCGUGUGGGGGAAGACUGAUAUUCUCUUCCCUUUUGCUGUUUACGAGGCCAAGAAGGGAGCGACAAUUGAGCAAGCUAGAGACCAAAUUUACCACGCUUGUCGGGUGUAUCUGGCGAUGCUGGACGACUUGGCUCGCAAUCCUGCCAAUGUAAGUGAAUACCAAUCGAGAGAGAGCAAAAAAUAUCAACUCUUCGCGUUUCUCUCGUGUGGCGCUUACUGGGAAGUAUUUGUCGCCUGGCACUUCCUCAAUGAAUGUUUCGUGGAAACAAUUUGGACUGGAAACAUCAAGGAGUUCAGUCGUGCCUACGAUCUGAUAUGUAUUGUCAAUCAAAUUCACGCUUACGCCAUCAGUGAACAUCGCAGCUUUGUCAUUAAACAUUUGGAACCUUGGUUGAGUCGUGCGGAGUCCUUCCGUGGCGCCCAAAUGGAUCUGUCGCCUCUUCCCUCCGGCGAAGACUCUGUGGAGUCUCUAGAGAGCAGCCCCAAAUGGUUUGUGAUCAAAGGCGCGUCGAGGAGGGCUUUGAGUGCCAAAAGGGCCGCGACCCGCAUGCGCAAGAGGAGGAGAGAAGAGCUUGAGACUGAUGCUUCGGACGAACAGACAUCGCGUAGACAGACGCCCUGA